AUGGCAAAGUCCGAGCGACAGAACUCGACCACCACGGUCGACCAUGAAAAAGAUGCCAUUCACAAGGCAAUGGGCCAUGAAAAGGUCGAGCUCGAGGCCCUCGAGGUUGCCAGAGCUGGAGGCCACGAGAUUGAUGAUCUCGUCGACGAAAUGGAGAGACAGCUCGAAGCAGAUGGAGGCCUGAAGACUGGCUUCUUUCAGCUCAACUUUGCGAACCCCAAGCACUUUACCUGGCUGCUGGUUGCUUUUGCCAGUAUGGGUGGUCUUCUUUCAGGUCUUGAUCAAAGUCUUAUUUCCGGCGCCAACCUUUAUCUCCCCGAUGACUUGGGCCUGUCGACUCGACAGAACAGUCUAGUCAACUCGGGUAUGCCUCUGGGAGCUGUUGGCGGUGCUCUUCUCCUGUCGCCUGCCAACGAAUACUGCGGCCGAAAGGGCGCCAUCAUCAUCUCUAUUAUUCUCUACACUAUCGGCGCUGCCCUGGAAGCUGGUUCUAUGAACUUUGGUAUGAUCGUCUCUUCUCGAGUCAUUCUCGGUCUUGGCGUAGGUCUUGAAGGUGGUACUGUCCCCGUCUACGUUGCCGAAACGGUCGAGCGAAGGAUUCGAGGAAACCUGGUCUCGCUCUACCAGUUCAACAUUGCCCUUGGUGAAGUUUUUGGAUACGUCGUCGCCGCCAUCUUCCUCAGGGUCCCUGGCAACUGGCGUUACAUCUUGGGGUCCUCCCUCCUCUUCUCUACCAUCAUGUUCUUUGGCAUGCUCUUCCUCCCCGAGAGUCCCCGAUUCCUCAUGCACAAGAACAAGCAGCUCGAAGCUUACAAGGUCUGGAAGCGAAUUCGCGGUGUCGAAACCCGUGAUGCUCGCGAGGAGUUUUACGUCAUGAGCGCCGCCGUCAACCAGGAAGACACCGAGGUGAAUGAGGGUGCUCAGAACCAUCGCUUCCCCUGGAUGGACUUUUUCACUGUCCCUCGCGCCCGACGUGCCCUCGUCUAUGCCAACAUCAUGAUCCUUCUCGGCCAGCUUACUGGUGUCAACGCCAUUAUGUACUACAUGUCUGUCCUCAUGAACCAGAUCGGCUUCGACAAGGAGCAGUCCAACUACAUGUCCCUUGUCGGCGGUGGAUCUCUCCUCCUCGGCACGAUCCCUGCCAUCUUCCUCAUGGAGCGAUUCGGUCGCCGCUUCUGGGCCAUCACCAUGCUUCCAGGAUUCUUCAUCGGCCUCGUCCUCAUCGGCGUCAGCUACCAGUUCGACAUCAAGAAGGAUCUGCAGACUGUUGAAGGCCUGUACCUCACUGGUCUCAUCAUCUACAUGGGCUUCUUCGGUUCUUAUGCUUGUUUGACCUGGGUUGUCCCCUCCGAGGUCUACCCCACCUACCUCCGAAGUUACGGCAUGACCACUUCCGAUGCCCUCCUCUUCCUCGCUUCCUUCGUCGUCACCUACAACUUCUCAGCCAUGCAAAAGGCUAUGACCAAGACCGGUCUGGCUCUUGGCUUCUACGGCGGCAUUGCCUUUGUGGGAGAAAUCUACCAGAUCUUUUUCAUGCCCGAGACCAAGAACAAGACUCUUGAGGAGAUUGACCUUGUCUUCUCGCGUCCCACUAUGGACAUUGUGAGGGAGAACUGGGCUGGUGUCAAGGAGACUACGUCGCUUCUGUGCAGAGGUCACUGGCACAAGGUCUUUGUUGAGCAGGCCAUGUCUGGUGAUGACAGGGACAAGACUGAGGAUUCUACUGCUUAA